CAUUUGUCCCUUCGCAGUUUCCGUAGAGGGAGUUUCCUGUCACUGCGACCCAUGCGAUGUUUACAGGAGCACAGAUCGUCAGUAUCUGUGUUGUUGUUCGUCCUGGCAGCCGUUUACUUGUUAAACCCUUCCAUCACCUAACAUCUGCUCAGGAACAGUGAAGAUGGCAGACAAGGCUCCUUCUGUUGCCAUAGAGGCUGUCCUGAAGCCCAGCUGUGACCUUCCUGAGGACAUGCCGAAGAUCCGCGGCUAUGACUUUAACCAGGGGGUGGAUCUCCACGCCGUGCUGAAGUCCUACCUCCACACGGGCUUCCAGGCCAGCAGCUUAGGCCUGGCCAUCCAGGAGAUCAACAACAUGAUAGAGAAGCGUCUGGAGCCAGUGGAGGCGGCUGAAGGAAACGAAUCCGAUGAAUCUCCUCCUAAAUCCGGCUGCACCAUCUUCCUGGGAUACACCUCCAACCUCAUCAGCUCCGGAGUCAGAGAGAGCAUCCGCUACCUGGCCGAGCACAAAAUGGUGGAUGUGAUCGUGACGACGGCUGGAGGCAUCGAGGAGGAUCUGAUCAAGUGUCUCGCUCACACAUAUUUGGGAGAAUUUAGUUUGUCUGGAAAGGAGCUCCGUCUGAGAGGCAUCAACAGAAUCGGGAACCUGCUGGUGCCCAACGAUAACUACUGUAAGUUUGAAGACUGGCUGAUGCCCAUCCUGGACCAGAUGCUGCUGGAGCAGAACACAGAGGGCACCCGUUGGACUCCUUCCAAAAUGAUCCAUCGGCUCGGCAAGGAGAUCAAUAAUCCGGACUCGGUCUACUACUGGACGUACAAGAAUAACAUCCCAGUGUUCAGUCCUGCUCUGACUGACGGCUCUCUGGGCGACAUAAUCUACUUCCAUUCCUUUAAGAACCCUGGCUUGGUUCUGGACAUCGUUGAAGAUAUUCGCAGGAUGAACAACCAGGCGGUUUUUGCCAAGAGGACGGGAAUGAUCAUCCUGGGAGGAGGGCUGGUCAAACAUCACAUAGCUAAUGCUAAUCUAAUGAGGAACGGAGCUGACUACGUGGUUUACGUGAACACCGGUCAGGAGUUCGACGGUUCGGACUCCGGAGCUCGACCCGAUGAGGCCGUUUCCUGGGGGAAGAUCCGGACAGACGCCAAACCUGUGAAGGUGUACGCCGACGCCUCCCUGGUCUUCCCUCUCAUGGUGGCCGAGACCUUCGCUCUGCAGGCCCACAAGCUGACCGCCGGCAACAAAACAGAAUAACUGGCCUCAAACGCUCCGUCAGAAACAACAAGCAGCUUUGUUCCUUCUCUGGGUAAUUGGACGCAGGAGUCUGAAUCCUUUAGCUGAGAAUAGCAGCCGGUUGUGGGAUGUAGUGAAACUGUAAGGGAACAAUGGUGAGGGUUUCCUCUUUAACGCCUUCCAUCCCAGUGUUUUCCUUUCUGCUCAGACGGUUGACAGCAUCAGCACCAAAGAGACUGUCUGGAGGUUUUAGCUGAGGAGAGAGACGAGGCAGCCAAGAGUUUUAAUUCAUUUCACUUUAACACACAGCGGGUUGCUGUUUUCAUUCAUUUUACCUCACUGCUUCUAUGUUUUUAUUAUUAACCUGUUAGAUCAGGGGUGUCAAACUCAUCUUAGUUCAGGUCCACAUUCAGCCCAGUUUGACCAGUAAAAUCACAGCAUAAUAACCUGUAAAUAACCACAACUCUUAAUGUUUCCUUUGUUUUAGUGCAAAAAAGUACAUUCUGGAAAUGUUCGUGUUACAAAACAUCAUGAGCAACUGGAAAUUUCUUAAGAAAAAUAAAUUCAAUUUCACAUCAUGCCUCAGUUUAAUAUCUACACAUUACAACUUAAAGAUCACAGUUUAUCUACAAAAAGCACAAAGCAUUUAGUCACAGCGAUCUGGAACUGAACAAUAUAGUAUUUUACUUUAUGAUCAAAAUGGCAAAAACAAGACAACGUACUACAAAAAUGAGACACAAAGCAACAAAAAAUGAGACAAAAAAAGACAAAAUGACAAAAACGAUACACAAAACAAUGAAUAAAGCAAAACACAUAAGGACAAAAACACAAAUGAGACAAAAAGGAAACAAAACAACAAAAACAAGCAACAAAAUGACAAACAUGAGGCAAACGACAAGUCAGACAAAAAAAACAAAAGAUAUUACAAAAAUUAGACACAAAAUGACAAAAACAUAGACAACACUAGCGUUUUACAAAUGUACAAUCUGCACUUAAUGUCUUCUCUGUAAUUUUUACUCUUUACAACGUCGUCCUACGGGCCGGAUUGGUCCCUCUGUUGGGCCGGUUUUGACCCGCGGGCCGCAUGUUUGACACCCCUGUGCUACAGGAUUAAAGGUGGUCUGUGCAAUUCAUAAAUCAGGAGGUUCUUUCUGUGUUUAACGGAGGUUUAGUGAACUUUUACAUUAAAUACUCUUCUGUAGCUGCUCUGUGUUAAAGGCUCCAUGUGUUGUUUUGCACUAGUUAGAUGCAUUUGAAAGAUAUUCAGGAAAAACAAAGGCUGUUAGCUGCAGAAAGUGGGCACUUUAUUAGGUUAGAAAUAAAACAGCUUCUCUCCUUUACCUUUCAGUUUAAAUGUGUGAAUUCAGCUGUAUUUUAAUGACAUGUUUACAGGUGAGGAGGUGUUUCAGGAAAUGUCUCUUUCUGUUUCCAUUUCUCUGCCACAAACCCGAUCAUUGAAUGUAACUGAACAUUUUAUGCCUCAUAAAAGCAGAUUUUGCGGCAGAACAGUUGCAUUGGGUUGUGUCAUGUUGUAGCUAAAAAUAAACUUCUCUUUAUAUAACCAGU